AUGCAGAGAGCAGCUCUGGUCUUCGCUUUUCAAGCGUCUUCAGGACUUGCAGCUCUUGCACUUGCGCCCGCCACCUCGACUUUCUCUGGCAGUGCGGCCUGUGCACCGGCAUCAGCUCUUCAGGCUGACGACAGCGAAGAUUGCCCGGCCCUUCAGACACCACAGCCCACAGCCCUCGUGAAGCCGCCCGAUGAGUCUGAGGCACAUGAGACCUUCCUCUGUGGGAGGACCUUGAGAACGUCCUCGUUGCCUUCCUCGACACCACGCCGAGGUGGCGGUGCAGAGAGCGGUGCAGAGCGGACCCAGCAGAAACCGGCACCAGAUCUGCGCGGCAGGAGCGAGCGUGCGCGCGAUCCGCCUGCCGACGAGGACUCUGCGCGCGUGGUGGAGGUGUCGAUGCCCUUGGGCGUGGACUUCGAAGAGCGCAGCGGCGGUGACAUCUACGUCAAGGACGUGGACAAGUCCAGCGACGCUUGGGCUCAAGGAGUUCGCCCCGGGGCUCAGUUGGUGAUGAUCAGCGCCACAUUCGGAGAUGAGAUGUGGAAUACGCAGGGUGUUGGCAUGACCCAGUUUCUCACGGUGCUCAACUCUCGCUUUGGGUCCAACAUGAAGUUGGCUUUGGCCAAGGAAGAUCAGAACGUGCUCUCGGCUUUCCUUGAUGCCUUCAAGGGCUCCCCUGGCGAGAGUCAGAGCCCUGAGGAGCAGGAGAAGAAGCAGCAGAGCCUCGAGGCCAUCUUCGACGCCGAGGAGGAGAAGUUGCAGAGCGGCCCCGGCAUGUGGAACCCGCUGGGCGUUUCGGCCGCCUUUCGGCGGUUGCACUUGCGUCGAGAGGAGAACCCUUUGCAGCCUUGGCCUUCAGGCUCCCUUCAGGCUCCCUGGGCUCGCUGGUUCUUGGCCCGUGGCCGCUUCCCCGCUUUGGACGUCCCAGGUUUCCGCACAGAAGGAAAGCCAGGCGGAGUCCUUGAAGGCGAGAGUGUGCUCAGUGCGCUCUUUUUGACUCGGCAGAAGGGAGACAUUGCGACGGGCACUUACGUGCACGCGGUGCAUCGCAUGGCUCAGAUGGUCGUGGAGCAGCUUCAAAAGAAGCUCAUGGCCGAGGUGCAGGGGCUCCUGUCGGCCCAGCAGUCGGCCCAGGCAGCGGCUCUGGAAGCCCUUCGCAAGGAGAUCACAAGCUCGCAGAACUCCUUGAAUCAGCUGGCAAAGAAGAUGGAAGAAGCUUUGGCGGCGGGCCUCAAAGCACAGGCGCAAAAGACCACCGAGUCCACGGCCUUGCGGACGGCGCUGGCAGCCUCGGAGAAGAAGCUGGAAGAGAGCGCCCUCGCGGCACAGGCGAAAGCCACGGAGGAGAUCGCGUCCUUGCGGACUGCUCUCACCGCCGCGGAGAAGAAGGCGGAGGAAGGGCAGGCAGCACAGGCGGCCUUAACCGCCAAGGAGUUGGAGAUCGCAGCCUUGCAGAAUUCUUUGAGCGCUUCCGUGAAGACGACGGAAGCGGGACAGGCUGCCCAAGCAGCCAAAACAGCCGAGGUGGGAUUGUUGGCAUGGACGGCUACCGGAUUGUUUGUGAGAGAUUGCAGCGAUUCGCGAGAGGAGAUCACGGCUUUGCGGAAUGCCUUGACGGCCUCGGAGAAGAAAGCAGAAGAAGGUCAAGCGGCACAAGCCGCCAAGACCACAGAGGAGUGCGUCGGGAGUUUUCUCGCUCAGCUGCUGCUGUUGUUGUUUUGCUCGGCGUCCAAGGAGAUCACGACAUUGCAGAGUUCCUUCAGUGCUUCGGCGAAGAAGAUGGAGGAAAGCCAAGCAGCGCAGACCACCAAAGUGACCGAGGAGAUCGCGUCCUUGCGGACUACGCUGGCCGCCGCAGAGAAGAAGUCGGAGGAAGGGCAGGCAGCACAGGCGGCCUCAACCGCCAAGGAGAUCGCAGCCUUGCAGAAUUCUUUGAGCGCUUCCGUGAAGACGACGGAAGCGGGACAGGCUGCCCAAGCAGCCAAAACAGCCGAGGAGAUCACGGCUUUGCGGAAUGCCUUGACGGCCUCGGAGAAGAAAGCAGAAGAAGGUCAAGCGGCACAAGCCGCCAAGACCACAGAGGAGAUCACGACAUUGCAGAGUUCCUUCAGUGCUUCGGCGAAGAAGCUGGAGGAAAGCCAGGCAGCACAGGCGGCCAAAAUGACCGAGGACAUCACGACCUUGCAGACGUCGUUGAAUGCAUUGGGAAAGAAGACGGAGGAGAGUCAGGCGGCACAGGCGGCCAAAGUCACGGAGGAGCUUGCGACUUUGCGGGACUCUCUGAGCGCUUCAGAGAAGAAGAUGCAGGAAGGGCAGGCGGAGCAGGCGACUAAAAGCAGCGAGGAGAUCGCGGCCUUGCGAAGUGCGUUGGCUGCCUCGGAGAAGAAGCUGGAGGAAGGGCAAACAGCACAGGCCACGAAGUCUGCCGAGGAGCUCACGGCCUUGCAAAGCUCUCUCAGUGCCUUGGAGAAGAAGGUGGAGGACGGCCAGGCAGCACAGGCGGCCGCAAAUGCCAAAGCCACAGAGGCCCUGAACGAUUACAAGGGCAACGCCUCCAAGGCCCUCUGGCUGAUCACCAAGUCCUUGGACGCCCACAAGGAGGAGGUGGCGGGCUCCUUUGUGUCCCAUUCGGCGACGGCGGAGAAGGCGCAGGGCUCGCUGCGAGAGGAGCUGGCCAAGGGCCUGGCCGAGUCCGCCACGGCGCUGCUGAGCACCAAGCAGCAGAUGGACGAACAAGUCGUGGCAGAAAGAGAGGCGGUGACAAAGAAGCUGGAGGCCCAGCGUCAGGAGGCAGCCUUGGGACUGGAAGACUACAAGAAGGAGGCCUCGGCCGUGAUGGCCAGCACCAGCGAGGCCUUGACGGCCCACAAGAUCAUCUCGGAGAAGAACUUCGAGGCGCAGACGAAGGCCUUGUCGGAGCAUCGCGAAGAGGCCUCCAAGCAACUGGAGGCUUCUAAGGAGGUUUGUCAAAAAGGCACGGAGGAGGCCAAAGGAGUCUUGGAGAAAUCGGUGCUCAGCACCAAGGAAGCUUUGGAGAAGGCUUUGGGGGAGCACAAGGAGCAAGCCUUGGGACAGCAAAAGGAGCAGGCGCAGCUGCACACGCAGCUUCAGAACCGACUCGAGGAGCAAGGAAAGGAGCAUGCAAAGAGCGUGGAACAAAGCAUGGCCACGCAGUUGGCAGAGCUGCAAAAGAUGGAAAGCAAGUUGGAGGCCUUGCAGAAGCAGCAAACAGCGGAUAUCGAGGCUUUGAAGAAGGAGCUCAGCUCCUCAAAGUCGGAAGCGCAGAGCCUGCUAAAGACACUGGAGGCCCAGCAGGGCGCCCAGCAGGCCUCCAACGUGGCCUUCGAGUCUUACAAGAAGGCCAGCGCCGAGCAGUUCGAGGGCUACAAAGCCCGCUCUGCGGCGGACGUGUCGAAGCUGGAGGCGAAGAUCUCGGAGAGUGAGAAGAGCUUCCAGAAGGCGCUUGCAGAGGCCGAGGCCAGGCUCCAGGCCGCCUUUCAGAAAACGCAGCCAAAGGCCUAG